AUGAUUGAAGACGAUGGUGAUGGCACCCAUGGGAUGUUGAUAGAUUGGGGGUUUGCUGUAGACAUUGUACGAGGCGAUCAGUACGGUGUUGGGGGCAUGGGCACAGUACCUUUCAUGUUGCAGUCCCUUCUCAUCCAGCUUUACCUCCACACACCGGAUCCAUCCGAUGAGCGCUUGGGUCACGAGCCUUGGGAUCAAAACCAUACCCACCCCCCAUGGUCACACAUGUCUAUCAGGAUGAUCUCGAAUCAAUGUUUUACAUUUUCAUCUGGGUCUGUAUCGAAUUCGGGGCCCUCUCAGCAUGAAUAUUCAUUACAGCGCGUCAAAUGGAUAACGCAAGAAUGGUCUGCGUCCAUGUACCAAAAGUGUGGGGACAGCAAGACUCAAUUUUUUCAUCAAUCUGAACAUUACACUAAGGAACUCUCCCAACAAUUUGAUCCCUACUUCGAAUCUCUUCUUCCACUCGCGUUAGAGUGGUAUGACCUUGUUAAAAACCCUAAUCAGUUGCAUUUCGAUAACAUAAUUGAUCUGCUGGGUAGACACAUUGCUGCACUUCUGAAGGAGGACUCUGCUGGGCUCCUAGUCUCCAAAUGGGUAAUUCUCUCAGUGGCAGGUUCACUCACGCCACCCCGGAAUGAUGAGGAAAGUGUGUCACCACCUGUAGAUGAGACACGACAGAAGCGAGUGGUUGAUCACCAGUGGACGAUGGAAGCCAUACCCAAGCCGAAGAGGAAUAAAACUGAGUAG